CACAUCAUUACACCCACCCAUCAUCCCUCAUGGCGUGCCUUCUAAACAAAUUGACUGACCGUAUCCUCUUUGGAGAUACAGCCAAGAAGAUAGACAAAUAUUUUCGCACUGCCACUCCAGACUCGGUUCUCCAGGACUUGUACAACAGCUACCUCGUUCAGAAGCAGCCUACGGCCUACAGAGCACAGAUCAUCUUCGAAGCAUCCUGUGUUCGCGCCUCUCCUCCACUGAAGCCAUACUGGACGAAGGAAUGUCUUCAAAGCCAUAUCGCUAAAGUCCAUCCCGACACGACCUUUCCGGAACCAGCCAUCGAUGUUCUUUGGUCGUGCUUUUACUUUUACGCUUAUUACCCAUUCCCACGCGAGAAUUGCAAUGGCGGGAAACUAGAACUUUCCGCGUUUCAACGUGCCUUGACCCUACUCGCUCUCCGGGGCACGAGUCUCCUCGGGUCAGUAGAUGAGUUUGGUUAUGGAGGUGUUUACUGGCGUGACCAUGACAGCCCUGGAGUCUGCGUGCCCAAUAUCAAUCGCAUAUUUAGGAGCAUCGGCAAAGUGAGUCAUAAAGUGAACAAAGCUUCGGAGAUUGUCGCCCCCUCCACAUUCAUCAUCGACGAUGCCAUGGAUGUUCUGGCCACGACUCAUCCGUACCAUGUCAAAUUCCAUCCCUACGAUUCUCAGCUGAGGGGGGUUGCGGAACGUCUCCUUGAGGGUCGGAUCCCUCAGUAUCAGGUCAAGAGCGACGACUUGGUCACCUUGGUCUCUUUGGUUCUAAGGCUGAGAGUACAUAAGCCCACCUGGGGUGAGGAGGGGGGAGACUUCCGUUAUGGAUCGUUUGAUAAUUCAAGUCCCCAAAACGACGAAUUGGCUGAAGCUCUGGUUCAGGCAUUCCGGGCUGGACCGCAAGGUCUUUUGGCCCCCGAUUGCAUGCUUCUGGCAAUAUAUAUUUUGCCAAAUCUAGAGCCGUCUUUCCACCAGAUGUGGGCAGCCAUUUUUCAACCCCACAAGCCUGCGGAUAUACCAGCCAUUGGGGCCGAGCUAUCUCCUGACUCGUCCAUGGACAAUAUCCUUCGCGCAGUAUCCUUGCUCAUCCCUCCAUACGAGGCACCUAGGAGGGUGUGGGCCGGACGAGAGAUCGACCCGGUCACCUUUGACGCAUCCUAUCAUUCGCCAAACCAGGAGUCGCUCAACAGCUUGUCGGUGAAGCAUAUCAUCCAGCAUAUAACCAAUGAUGAGCAUCUUCAGGCCUCACACCUUGUUCUCAUUCUCGGUACCCGAUCCCACAUUAUGGCUCCGGUAGUAGUGGGAGCAUUCUUCCCCAAGACUGCCUCAAGCACCAUCACCGAGGACGAGAAGCGUGAUACUCCAGGGGAAUUAAAACUUCCCCAUCCAGACGUCCUUUUUCAGCUCCAGCCAACGUUCACCGUUUUGCGCAGAAGCGGACAGAAUACUUCUAUUUCCGAUGAAGCUAGGGUAGCGGAUGUCGACAGCCCAGCUCAUCCAUACUGGAUAGGAAGCACAUUGCAAUCAAAUGGCGGUCUCAAGAUUGACCCAGUCACCAGAGAGGGUAUAUUUAUGCGGCCUACUAUUGGCGCCCCAGAUCAAGAUACCGGUCUAUUCGAGGAGACAGCCUCCGGUAAUGAGAAUGACGACGACGUUGAUCGGAGUACAAAGUUCACCGUCACUGAUCUUGUGAUUUUUCGAGUCAACGGUGGGCCAAAGCAGAAAUAUUGGCAAACGCAAUAGCUGACUGCAAUAAUACAAAGUGCAUAUAUCGCUGUCAACAGAUGCGUGUUGACAACGACACGUUGCCUUUGUUGCUCGUCCAGCAGCAAUUCCUGCAGUCUCUCCAACACACUCAUCUCCUUAUCGUGAAGCGAGAUGUUUUAUGCUGAGUCAAUUGCUACUGGGCGCUGGCCGCCGGAGGGUCCACCAACAGUGAGGAUGUUGUCUAGUUCCAUUUUAAUGGUAAUAUCAGAGAUUCAGGUGAUAUAGGUUGAUGAAUAUGUAUUUUUCUAUGCUAUAAGCAAAG